AUGGCCGAUCCAAGGAGAACUUUAUCCGAUUUUGAGAGGCCACAAUUUACCGGGGAAGAAUUUAGUGUGCAAGCACCUACUAUUCCGGCCAAUAAUUUUGAGAUCAAGGCAAGCACGAUGGGAAUGGUUCAAAACUCAGUACAGUUUGAUGGGUUAGCUGAUGAGGACCCACAUGCUCAUUUUUCUCGCUUCCUUCAAAUUUGCUCAACCUUCAAGAUCAACUCUGUAUCUGAUGAUGCCAUUAGGUUGAGAUUAUUUCCAUUCAGUUUGAGAGGAGAGGCAUACAGAUGGCUCACUUCUUUAGCUCCUGGUUCCAUCACCACAUGGAAAGACAUGGUGGAGAAGUUCCUUGCUAGAUAUUUCCCACCAAGUAAGGCAGCGAGACUGAGACAGGAGAUUUCAUCCUUCAGGCAAGGGGACACCGAGACAUUGUUUGAGGCACAUGAACGGUUUAAGGAUCUUCUAUGCAUGUGUCCUCAUCAUGGAUUCCCUGCAUGGAUGAAGGUGCAGAUGCUUUGUAAUGGGCUGAAUUAUACUACAAGGCAGCUCAUCGAUGCAGCAGCUGGUGGUUCUUUGAGCAACAAACUCGCCGAAGAAGCUGAGACAUUAAUCGAGAACAUGGCUAGCAACGAAUGUCAUUGGAGCACCAGACAAAAGGCACCAAGGGCAGCAGGGCUGUACGAGGUGAAUGAAACCACUGCUUUGGCUGCAAAAGUGGAUGCUUUGAUCAAGAGUGUCAUGGAUAACAAUACAUUGGCCGCAAAGGUUGAAGCUUUGACAAAGAGAUUUGAUCAGUUCAUGUUGGGUUGUGGCUCAAGUGCUAGGGCAGUGAUGUCAUGUGAAACAUGUGGUGCUGGGCAUGCAACAACCCAGUGCCCCAUUCUUAUUGCUUCCCCUGCACCGACUGAGUCAGUAAAGUACGUCAGUGGAGAACCAAGGGGUCCGGGAAAUGCUUUUGGCAACACUUACAACCCGGGGUGGAAGAACCAUCCAAAUUUCUCUUAG